AAUUCCUCCCUUUCUGAUCUUCACUUUCUCAAGUCACUUACCAUUCAAUUCAUCCGACCGAUCAAUUCAACCCAACAAUAAUCUGGCAAGGAUUGACUAAAUCCGUCAGCGAGACAAGCCUCGAGUCCUAAUCAAUCAGCAAACACUCGAGGGGAUGAGCUUUCGGUUUUCCUGACGCCUUUUUUCGAGUAUCCUAGAUACUCCUGACGGACGCCAGCGACGAUUGCUUACUCUGCAACUCGCAACCAGCAAUCCGCAAUCCCCUUCCGACCGUGGUGUUUUCCUCCUUGAUCCGUCGUUUUGGUCGGCCUCAACUCGUAGCCCGGUGAUAACCCUCGACAUCCCAGACAAUUCACAAUGGCUUCCUCAUCGUCAAAUGUCGUCGGUGUCCAUUACCGAGUAGGGAAGAAGAUUGGUGAAGGCUCCUUUGGUGUUAUUUUUGAGGGUACCAACCUAUUAAAUAACCAGCAAGUGGCCAUCAAAUUCGAACCCCGAAAGAGCGACGCGCCACAACUACGAGAUGAAUACCGCACCUACAAGAUUCUCGUCGGCUGCCCCGGUAUCCCUAAUGUCUAUUAUUUUGGCCAGGAAGGUCUCCAUAAUAUCCUAGUCAUAGAUUUGCUCGGUCCCUCUUUGGAAGACCUCUUCGAUCACUGUAAUCGAAGAUUCUCAAUCAAGACGGUGGUGAUGGUAGCGAAACAAAUGCUCUCGCGUGUGCAAACCAUUCACGAGAAGAACCUCAUCUACCGAGACAUCAAGCCCGAUAACUUCCUAAUCGGGCGUCCUGGAACUAAGGCUGCCAAUGUGAUCCACGUUGUCGACUUCGGUAUGGCAAAGCAAUACCGAGACCCCAAGACGAAGCAGCACAUUCCCUACCGAGAACGGAAAUCCUUAUCCGGAACUGCCCGUUACAUGAGUAUCAACACUCAUUUGGGACGUGAACAGUCUAGACGUGAUGAUCUCGAAGCCCUUGGCCAUGUGUUCAUGUACUUCCUCCGAGGCGGAUUACCGUGGCAGGGUCUGAAGGCUGCGACCAAUAAGCAGAAGUACGAGAAGAUUGGCGAGAAGAAGCAAACAACCCCGAUCAAGGAUCUGUGUGAAGGUUUCCCAGAAGAGUUUAGCAAAUACCUAACCUAUGUGAGGAACCUUGGCUUCGAGGAUACCCCCGACUACGAUUACCUGCGUGAGCUUUUCACCCAAGCUCUCAAGAACACUGGCGAGGUGGAGGAUGGCGAGUACGACUGGAUGAAGAUCAGCAAGGAGUCAUCUAAGGGCUGGGAUGCUAUGCAUAAGCCCGGCCCGUACCAUAACCCUAACAAACAGCCGGGCAUAUCUGCGAGAGAACUGCACAACCAGUCUCGGAACAACACACCUGGCGGCCUAACUCACGAGCGUUUAAACGCCGCGCAGCCCCCACCUCCGUCUCCAGCCAGGCCGACGGACAAGCGCCGGCCAAACGCCCCCGGCGCCAUAGGAGCCCAGCGAGGUAGCGCGGUGGGGGGUCUUCGGGACAUGGCUACGCCAACCCCGUCAACUCAGGCCCAGUUCCAGAACAGCAACCAAAACUUACCAACAAGGAUGGUAACCCAGGCCAACAUGGGGUCAUCGGCGGCCGCCAACGGAAGGUCGUCGGAUCCUCAACCGACGGGAUUCCAAAAGUUCAUGAAGGUUCUGUGCUGCGGUGAGUAGAGACGACGUACCCCUUCGACAACAUUUCCGCUGAUCAAAUUACCAGGUUAAAUGUUUUCCCAUUCUGGCAUGCUAGCGAUUUCGUAUAGACUAGAGACGUUUUACUG